GCACAGCAUUCCACCGCAGGGGCCGAGGGCGCCGCGGCACGUCGUCCCGACGUAACUGGGGCCUUUGUGAGCAUCAGCUUGACGCACUUGAGCAUCCCUGGGCCCUGGGACACGUCUGGCCUGGCCCCUCGUUUCCCAGCUGCCCCCUGCCCUGUGCCUCUGUGAUUUAGGAUUUUUGUUGGCGGAGGCCAAGUAGACUUGCGUUCAUGAGCUUGGUCCUGCCUGGCUCUGCCCUCCCGCUGCAUCCUCUCCAUCUCCAGCUGCCUCAGUGCCUCAGACCUCAGGGAAGAGGGGAGAAGUAGAAAAACCUGUCCCAAAUCCCCUUGUCACUUCAUAACAGGCUGACAGUGACGCUCCUCGUGGAGUUGGCCGCAGACAGGAAGCAGGCAGCGAGGACGGGGCUACAGGCGGGGUGCAGAGCACAGGACGCCAGGAAUCCUCUGAAACAGCUCAGUGCCUAGGUUGUUAUAUUUUAAACAAUUUUAUUAAGGAAAUGCAUGCAUAAAGACAACUAUUAACUCGCGUUUAUAACCCAAACCCACAGUCUCCUGUCCUCCGUCCCUACACCAGGGCUUAGGAUCUGACCUGGGAACACAUUCUGCUGUUUGGGAAAUACUUGUGUUUUAUUUCUUUGAUAAGUUCUUAUCUUUUUAAAUUAAUAAAUGUCUGUUUAAAAUAAAAUCUCAAAAACAGAAAUAUACAAAAAGAUCACCCAUUUUGGACCCUAUACUGUUAAUUGUUAACAUCUUUUCUCCUAACUUUGCUGAAGUUAGGAGCCUUGAGUCCUGGUGCUGGGCUGCCCUCUAGAGGUCAGGCUGGGGCACUGCAGCCUCUCAGCGGGCGUUCUCGGCCUCCGAGUAGUGAGUGUAUGAGGCUGAGAAGCCAGCUGAGAGUCGUACCUUUUCCAGGUAUUUAUGUUCGUCCCCUGCAAAGCUCGAGGCAGAAGUUCUUCCAAAACGCUCAAUGAAGAAUAUUGGAACUCGUGUAACUAGCUUUUUUGGUUUGUUUGUUUUGGCUGAUAUACCACAGCUCUUCCAAAUCAUUUAUAUGAUAAAACUCUCACAGAUUCUGCCUCCUUUUAAAAAAUUGAAGCCUGAGUCCCCUGCAUGGUGAUGGCCUGCGAGGGCUUCUUCGCGAAGCCGUCCCAGAAGCAGGAGGGGCUGCGUCCGCCUGAUGCGUCGUGGACCUGUUCUCUUUGCCUGAAGCUUCUUUUUGGUACAGUUAAACUUCAGUUCCACAUUCGGUUUGCUUCCAUCUCUUUGAGGCCAGUUCUCGGAAUUGUGGCAGCUUCUGUCAUGGCUACAGUCUGGUCAUCAUGGAGUUAACUUCUUUCACCCGAAAAGAGAUGAAGUUGCUGGAGCAGUCGGGCUCCCUGAAAGGCUCGCUGGGCGCCGAGGAGCAGCUGUCACUCAUCAGCAGUUGUUCCGACAUCCGGGAGGCGGUAGAGGGCGCCCUGCACGUCCAGGAAUGUGUUCCAGAAAACCUAGAGCUGAAGAAGCAGCUCUUUGCUCAGCUGGAUGGAAUCGUUGGUGACCAAGUUGUCCUGAGCAGCUCCAGCUCCUGCCUCCUGCCCACCAGGCUGUUCUCUGGCUUGGUACACGUGAAGCAGUGCCUCGUGGCGCAUCCUGUAAAUCCACCCUACUACGUCCCGUUGGUGGAGCUGGUCCCACACCCAGAGACGGCCCCUGCGACGGUGGACAGAACCUACGCCCUGAUGCGGAAGAUUGGACAGUCCCCGGUCAGACUCAUGAAGGAGGUGGACGGCUUCGCUCUGAAUCGUCUCCAGUAUGCCAUCAUCAGCGAGGCCUGGAGGCUCGUGGAGGAAGGAGUAGUGUCCCCGAGCGACCUUGACCUCGUCAUGUCGGACGGCCUGGGCAUGCGGUACGCGUUCAUUGGGCCCCUGGAGACCAUGCACCUCAACGCCGAAGGUAUGUUAAGCUACUGUGACAGGUACAGCGAGGGCAUGAAACAUGUCCUAAAGACUUUUGGACCCGUUCCAGAGUUUUCCGGGGCCGCAGCUGAAAAAGUGCACCAGGCCAUGUGCGUGAAGGUUCCAGAUGACCCGGAGCACUUAGCUGCCAGGAGGGAGUGGAGGGACAGGUGCCUCAUGAGACUUGCCAGACUGAAGAGCCAGCUGCAGCCCCAGUGAAGCCUCGCGCGACCACUGCCGCCCGUGCUGGAGCCCGUUCGCUGGAAGCACGAGCCCCUGUCAGGGGGCUCAGAGACGCGGGGAGGCCUUGGGAGCCCAGCAGGCAGAGCACGACCUGCUCUCCACUAGGCAGGCGCCCGGUGAGCUGGGGGUCAGAGCAGCGCUGAGGUCUGCGGGCUGGCUCCCCUGCCGCCAGGGCAGCCAAGAGAGCAAAUGGCCUGAAGAUUUUGCCAUUUACUUCCCGUGUGGUUCCAUGUGGGCGCCCUUCACAGCCAGUGAUCGUAGUUUCAGGUUAUCUUAAUCUGCUGCACAAUAUUUUUAUCGUUAUUUUCCGACCUCUCGCCGAGUACUCUGCGGCCCUGCAUGUAUGAGGCAACUCCCUUCAUUUUCUUGAUGCUUAUUCCAAAUAAAAGCGUU